AGGAGCGCCCCUGUGUCUUGUGUCUGGUACCUAUCCAUCCAUCGACAUUACUUGCCACAGCAAGUACAUCCCGUCUCUUCUCAAGCAAAACAAGAUACAGAAGCCAUGAAAGAUCCUAACACCAGCACCAAGUCCUUCAAGCAGGCCUUCCUCAAGAACCUCCUCCUCGGCCUGCAGCUCCAGGCACACACGAGCACAUCCUUCGGUAACGGCGCCAUGAGCCUCCACGAGAGGAAGCGCGCCGUCAAGCCCUCCGUGGACGUCGCCAUGGCGGCUGCGCACGGCGGUGGAGCGAGGUGGCCCAAGGCCAUCUUGGCACCGGCGUCCAGCGCGUGCAAGGUACAGAGGUGCAGGAGGAUCGUGAGGAGGUGGUGCCGCCGGAAGAGGUGCUCGGGGAGAUCAGGCCGCGCCGGUGGUGGCGACGUUGCGGGGAGGCUGCUGAAGAGCAGGACCAUGGCGCUGAGGGACGUGAUACCGGGAGGCCGGAACUCCACCAUCGAUGAGGCCACUCUGUUACGCGAGGCCAUGGACUACGCCGUGCACCUGCGCGCUCAGGUCGACGUGCUCCGCCAGUUCUCGGAAGCCGUGCAAACAUCUAGCUCCAAUGAUUCUGACCGUGCACUUAGAAAGCAGGCAUGAUUAAGCACCAGGUGGUGGCUUUGGCAGUGCUUUUGCGGACAGAAAGACCUGGUCUCCAUGAUGAUCAGGGAGACAGGGAUAUAGCUAGGCACUACAUAUUGCCAGGAUUUUAUCUUGUUCUUGCGAGAGGUCCUAUCAGUGUAUAGUGCUUUGGAGCUACUAUAGCUAGUUGAGUGCGAAGACUGCACUCUUUGUUGAUCAGCAGAGAGAAAAGGGGGCCCGGAAUUAUUUGUUGAUCAGCAAAA